AUGAAAAAAACGAUUACUCUGCAAUCUGAUUAUUCUAAAUCAUCUUUCUUUAAUGAUGGGAAGGAAUUGUUUUGCAAUCCUCCACAAUUCUAAACGGAGUUUACAUUAUUUGGAACUUUUCUCAUGAAAUCUAAUAAUCGACAAUAUACUGUGACGAUAUUUUUGCAUGAAUUCACAAUGAAAAUUAUUGAAGAAGUAUUUAUUUAGUUCAUGGAAGAAAGGAGAAAGACAUAUUAACCUAGAGAAUGUCUGUGUUAAGAAGGCAUUGCAUCCAAAAACACAAUAAUUAGGGUUACGAAUAAGCAAAAAUGGAUAAUUUGUUGAGUUUUUUGGAGAGAUAAUAGAAAUGUGGAAAUAAAUAAAAAAAUUUGUAAUCCAAACUGACUUCUCAUUAAAGUACAAAUUAGGUUAAAAAUUAAGUGAGAGAUUUAGCUCUUCAGUAAUUCUUAAAAUUAUCUUAGGUAUUUAAGGCUUUUAAAAUCAUUAAUGGGUAAAAGGUAGCCGUAAAAAUAAUUGAUAAGAGUUUAGUUUAAAGAAAUAACGCUAGUGAAAGACAUUAGUUAAUUAACGAGCUUACUAUUCUUCGUUAAAUUAAUCACAAUAAUUUACUUAAAUUACAUGAGACAUUUGAGAGUGACGACAAAAUAUUUAUAGUUUCAGAUUUAUUGGAAGGAGGACAUUUGAAAAAUUCAAUAUUCAGAUUCAGAUACUCUGAAUAAGAAACUGUAAUCUUGAUGUAAACCUUAUUCAAAUCACUUAAUUAUAUGCAUGAAAGAAACAUAUUUCAUUAAGAUAUCAGAUUCGACAAUAUUCUCCUUAGAGAUUAGCAAGAUUUAACAUCGGCAUGCAUAAUCAACUUUGGAAAAUCUGAAAUUAUAUAACAAAAUAUGGCAAGCUCGAAAAAUCUCAAUUUUUAUGAUUAAACCUCACUCAUUUAAUUUAUUAGAAAAAAGGAUAUACUAUCCUUAGGCAUCAUAAUCUACAGUAUCUUUUCAAAGAAACUUUACCAAGAAACAUAAAUUUUAGAUGAAUUAUUAAUGAAGAACUAUGAGAGUAUGUCUGAUCUAGAGUUUUUGGACUUAAAUCCACUUUUGUUGCAAUUUUUUGAAAUUUUCUUUACUUUAAAAGGCAAGACAUAAAUGGAUUCAAUAAAAUGUUCAGACAUAUUAAAUUUGGAUGUCUUUAAGCUUGCAACAGCUAGACGUACAUCUAAAAUUUAGGGAAUACCUCAAUAGAUCAACCAUGAUUUUAAGCGUACUUCUAGAUUUGCUCCUAAAUAUUCUAUAAAGGAAUAAUAAUUAAUCUCUAAUUUCCAAAAUAUUCUCAAACUACCAACAAUCUCUGAUUCUUCAGAUUCAAAGAUCUCAUAAAAUCAUUCUUAAAGUCCAUAAACUGAAAAUUUCAUUUCAUCAAGAUUAUUAUCAGAUGAAAAAGCAAGUUCAUUAAAACCACGUUAUAGUGUUUUAAAGAAAUGCUUAAGUCCAAAUAUUUGA